ACUUGAGGGCAAAGAGGUUAGGCAGCCGGCAUGGCGCUCUGGUCAAUAAAAUCGAUAGCUGGAAGCUGCCUGUGUUUCAGGCAAAGGCGGUGCAGUAGCGGCGCCGCCAUUUUCGCCGAAGGCAUCUUCCGGUGCCUUUCACCCAAGUUCGGGCAGGAGUUUCCUGAAUAACAGCGAAAGGUUUCCGUUAGCCCCGCAGGCGGCUGAUUCCGGUUCCCGCCGGGCCUCCCCGGCACGCUCCGUACGGGUCCGGCGGGGGCUCCCAAAUACCCGGCCCCUCCAGCGCCCAGGGGCCGAGGCUGGGAGGGGGAAGGCCGUGGUGCCGGCUUCUCGGGUCCAAUGGCGCGGCCUUCGGCUCUGCUCCCUGCGCGGGGACCAGGAGAGGCCAGACCCGGCCGGAGAAGGGGAAGGAGACCGAGGGCGGUGAAGUUCGGGGACGUGGCCUUGUACUUCUCCCGGGAGGAAUGGGGGUGUCUGCGGCCCGCGCAGAGGGCCCUAUACCGGGACGUGAUGCAGGAGACCUACGGCCACCUGGGCGCGCUCGGGUGCGCAGGUCCCAAACCAGCCCUCAUCUCCUGGUUGGAACGAAAUACCGAUGAUUGGGAACCGGCUGCCCUGGAUCCACAGGAGUGCCCAAAAGGGGUAGCAGUCCAAAGAAAAACCAGAAAGAAGAAUGAAGAGAAGGAAGUAUUCCCACCUAAGGAGGCUCCCCGAAAGGGGAAGCGUGGCCGGCGGCCCAGCAAACCCCGUCUGAUCCCCCGGCAGACUUCAGGAGGUCCCAUCUGCCCUGACUGUGGUUGUACCUUUCCCGAUCACCUGGCCCUGCAGAGCCACAAGUGUGCCCAGAAUCUGAAAAAGCCUUACCCUUGCCCGGACUGUGGGCGCCGCUUUUCCUACCCGUCCCUGCUGGUCAGUCAUCGGCGGGCACACUCUGGGGAGUGUCCCUACGUUUGUGACCAGUGUGGCAAGCGGUUCUCCCAGCGCAAGAACCUCUCCCAGCACCAGGUCAUCCACACAGGCGAGAAGCCCUACCACUGUCCUGACUGUGGCCGCUGCUUCCGGAGGAGUCGGUCCUUGGCCAAUCACCGGACCACGCACACGGGUGAGAAACCCCACCAGUGCGCCAGCUGCGGGCGUCGCUUUGCCUACCCCUCCCUGCUCGCCAUCCACCAGCGCACACACACCGGAGAAAAGCCCUACACCUGCCUGGAAUGCAACCGGCGCUUCCGCCAGCGCACCGCCUUGGUCAUCCACCAGCGCAUCCACACGGGCGAGAAGCCCUACCCGUGCCCGGACUGCGAGCGGCGCUUCUCGUCCUCCUCUCGCCUGGUCAGUCACCGGCGGGUACACUCCGGGGAACGCCCCUAUGCCUGCGAGCACUGCGAAGCCCGCUUCUCCCAGCGCAGCACGCUGCUCCAGCACCAGCUCUUGCACACAGGGGAGAAGCCGUACCCCUGCCCGGACUGUGGCCGCGCCUUCCGACGGAGCGGCUCCCUAGCCAUCCACCGCAGCACGCACACCGAGGAGAAGCUGCACGCCUGUGAUGACUGUGGGCGCCGAUUCGCCUACCCCUCAUUGCUGGCCAGUCACCGGCGAGUCCACUCGGGCGAGCGGCCCUACGCCUGUGACCUGUGCUCCAAGCGCUUUGCCCAGUGGAGCCACUUGGCUCAGCAUCAGCUCCUGCACACGGGGGAGAAGCCCUUCCCCUGCCUGGAGUGUGGCCGCUGCUUCCGCCAGAGGUGGUCUCUGGCGGUCCACAAGUGUAGCCAUGGGGUCCAGAACUGUGGCCCUCGAUCUGCCAUAGGGGCGCCUAGCCAGAAAGGCCAGGCCCUUUAGAAGGGGAGGGACUGUGUAAGUUCAUUUCACUUCAUGGAGGGGCCCAGAAAAGGGAAGGAGCCCCCUGAUCAUACAGGGCAGAGUCAGAACUAAAACCCACGUCUCUUGCUCCACAGAGCUGAACUUUAGUGUAUUCUACCAUGCUGGCUGCCUUAAUACAUGUGUCUAGAACAGACAGUCCCAGUUAGGAGAGGGGACAUUAUGUGGUAAAAAUUUUCCAACCUGCCCUGCCCUAAAGGACUUGCUGUGUGUGGGGUAUCAGGCUAAAGCUUCUCCCCAUCUAAUUUAGGGACUGUGUUUUCUAGUUUGAGCAUGCAGUCAGGAGGAUCCCAUUCAUGGGGUGCAAGAUCUUCCCCCUCCUCUGCCUCUUCUUCCUUGCUAGGUUUGAAACAAAUUUGGUUUAGCCCCCUUUUGACAGUAUUCCUUCCAAGUGGUCUUCUGCCCUUUAAAACCUCCCUUGAUGCAGCUCACUACCUCACAAGGCGGGUCCUUUCACUGUGGCAUAGCUCUGACCUUUAGAAGGCCCUUAAGUACUACAUUCUCCUUCCUUUGAAGCUUUGCCCAGAAUAUGUUUAAAACUUGAUCUACGUGGCAGCCCUUCAGAAAACUUAAUCACAGAUACGUUGUCUCCAUGUUUUCAGGUUAAGCAGCAUUAAUUUGGUCAACCAUUCCUAAAAGACAGGCUUUCAGUUCCCACAGGUGAUCUUUCCCCAGGCAGGUGCUGGUUUUUCAGUGUCUUUUUUAAAGAGUCACACAAAAUAAGCCAGCAUCACAGUGUGCACUAUAUCCCCUUGGUCUGUAAUUGUUUGAACAGGUCUAGAUUGCACUGGAUUUGGGGGUGGUGACAGUGUACCAGGGCUUUAUUGGGUUGCAGACACCUAUAUACCUAAGUUUUUUCUUUUUAAACCACAUGCUGUGAAGCUAAGUCUUCUGCACCCUGAGUUUGGAAGUUUGGUUCAAGGUAGGUCUGGGACAUAAGCAGAGUGAGCUCUGGGAGACUGAUUUUAAGGAAAAGCAGAGUGGGGGAGCUGUGGUGUAGCAGCAAGAAGUAAAACUAGGACCAGCUUGUACUUUAUCUGGUGGAUUUGACUUUCUUGGGAACUGGGUCUCAGUCCUCCCUGAUUCUCAUGAGAACGAGAAGACACUGGUACAGAACCUUCCGUUGAUUCCUCUGUCAGCAUCUUUCAUGAAAUGAGACGAGGCCAUUCAGGGAAGUUAGAAAGUUAGGUAAUUGAAUAUGAAGCAGAAGUCUAGUCGUCAAAUUAUGUUCAUGCCCGCCUCACAGAAGCUCCAUAUGGCAGUAGCAUGUUUUAACCUUUGAUGUGCCUUCAUGGCACCCAUCCCUAAGUAGGUACUCAGUAAAGCUUUACUGAAUUAAAUAAACAAGGCCUGCCACUUGGCCUUGGGGAGCUGCACCAAAUUGGAAUUUCCAAACAUGACGUAUAGUCCAACCCUUGAAGUCGGUCAUCCUUCUACCCGUUGCUUCUUCCCUCAUUUCUUCUGCCAUCAGCCCCAGGGGCGUGUGGCUGGGGCAGAGUGUUUGUAAUUUCCUCUGUUCUGGUCUUUAGCAAGUUGCAUUGUAACUGUUUCUUCUUGGAUUGAUGGGCUACCCCCAAAGCAGGGGUCAUAUCAGAUUGGGAUUCAUUAAAAUGUCUGAUGAGUGA